AUGUUUCCCAGACUGCCAGACUUUCAGCAGCUGUUUGAUCCCCAGCGGGCCGGACGCUUGCUGCUGAAAGAGCUUGCCAUACCAACCUCGGCGCACUGGCGCCCCAAACAUAAGCCGCUGGUCCAUGAGCGCGCGGAAGAUUUCGUCGUUGCUGAGAUCGAUUCAGAAGGGAUGGUGUGUGAAGCCAUGCGACAGAAGGCUCAACCGAGCCGAACUCACAACCGGAUGUCGUCCUUUGUCUUGACCAAAUUCCGGUGCUCGACUGAGGCUGCACUGCGCCUGCUCAGUAAAUCGUCUGGCCUUAAAGAGGACAAGUUUUCCAUAUCGGGGCGCAAGGACACGUUCGCUUUAACUUCACAGCGCGUCCAGGUACCAUCACCAGCCUUCUCGCAUCUGAAAGACAUGUGCGGUAAAUGGCCGGAGUUAUGGAUUUCCGGAUGGAAGGAGGAGGCAGGCGAGUUGUGGCAUCAGGGCAACUACUUCAAACUGAAUUUGCGAUGGAGGGCAGGUUGUGGGAUACAGCUUCAUGAAAGGUUGCAGCUGCAGGAAGCCAUUUCGCAACUCACAGAAGCUGGCUUUCCCAAUUACUACGGUCCACAGCGCUUUGGUUUGAUGGCACAUGUGUCAGGUCGACACAUUCUGCGACAGGAAUAUGGACAGGCCAUGAGGGCCUCCUUCAGCAGUUUGGCUGCUUUGAGUGGCAUGCGUGGCUUCCAUGCUCAUAGUCGUGCCCUUGAAGAAUUUCUUGAAGGCAAGGCCGCCUCUGACACGCAAAAAUCCGUUUGGAAGCUGAGUCGUGGACGCUGUUUGGCCAGCAAGCUACUCAAUGUCGCCUCUCGAACUUCAGAUCCUGAAGCCUUUUGGGUCUCAAUGCCUCAAGAGGGAGACUUUGCCGUCGACGCUCUCUCCGCUUUGUUGUGGAAUUACAUGGCUGCCUUUCGACUGGAGCACUACGGCUGGAGCGCCGUGCAGGGUGAUCUGGUACGGCAGACGACUGCUUCCGGCACUCAUCUACGGGUCAUUGGACCAGGGGAAGCACAUGCCUUUCGUCUUGCUGAUGUGUACUUGCCGCGUCUGUUUUGCAAGAACAAUGGAAACACCACGGGGCCUGCUGAAAGAGAGCCCGAGCUUAUUCUUGGGCAGCCGAUGUGCAGCUCGAGGCCACUUUUCCCGGCCUUACCAGCUCUAGAGCAGUAUGUGCAGUCUCUCCUUGCAAGCUGGGGCUUAGGUGGGCUGCCUGAAGCGACAGAAUGUGCAAGCCGUGCAAGCAAAGCAACAGCAUGGUGUGAUUUCUACCGCCCGCGAGUGGGGUUCCCGUUCCGCUCCGUGAUUUGCCUCCCGACAAAACUUGGGGUCACUUUCUGUCCUGAAGACUUUCCAUCGAACUUCGAACGUCUGAAUCUCUUCAUUCCCUCCAAGCAUAGAAACUGCCCUCAUGCGAUAGCGGGGCUUCCAUCAGCUGCCCGAUCGGUGAAGCAACUCGAGUGCUCCAGGGUUGAUUUCUGCGCUGAGAAUGAGGCUGCAGCCAAAGUUCAGCUCAACUUCGUCCUCCCAGUCGGAGCUUUUGCCACCUGCCUGACCCAGACACUUGCCGGCUGGGACACCGGCCGAAAAACCACUGCAAAAACGAUCGUCGGGAAUGUGUGUUUUUGCAGAGAAUGCGACUUGGUGGCUCAUUUCAGAGAGAAGUGUGCAGGGCGUGACAUCACGCACUUGGUUUGCACCGCCUAG